AUGUCUAGCCCGGAAGUAGCUAUUGAGGGUCCUACCUCGAUCGCAAAAGCUGGCUCCACUCCCUCAAUUCGAGCUUACGCGACUGAGACUCCAGAUCGUGUUCACCCGACUUUUCCACCGUCGGCUUUCGAAAGAACGCAUAACCAUGCUCAUAUACCACUAGUUCAAGCUGCAAGAGAACAGGGAAGCAUAUCUGUAUGGCGAAUGCCGACCUCUUUGUCACAAAGCCGUCUAGGAGGAAGAAACUCACCAUCUAAUGCAUGUACAGUUAUUGCCGUACGGAUGGCCGAAGUUAUUCAUCGAACGGAUACGAAAAUGCCGUCCGCAAUCUACAGAACAAAGGCAACGUAUGAGUGCGAUGGGCGUCAGGUAUCAAGCCGAAAUCAACGUGCUGCAGCAGGACAUGAAGGUGUUCCGGAAAUCAAAAAUAAUAGUGAAAAAGAGACGAAUCUGGCAUGCCCAUUGCGUGUGAUUUCUUGCUUGACGAAUGCCAUUGUUGAUGGGAACUGCAUACAUGAAGAGGCAGUGAAAAAUCGAACGAAUGGUGAGCAGAACUUCACGAUUCCAGAUGCAAUUCAUGCAUGUAAGAAUGCUGUAAAGGAGAUUGAUUUUUGCUCAGUACCUGGACCGCUAUGGACUGAACUACCGUUUUACAUACGGGCAGUGGUCCGGAGCCCUGCUCUCUCUCGAGAUAUUCGUCUUUUUCUAUUGUUGAUCGCAUUCGAAAGGACUGUACUUAUUGUGUUUGAACGAACGACUUCUUCUCUUACAUUAUUCGAUUCGCACAUGCAUAGUCAGUCUGAAGGUGCUGUCAUAGCCACUGGUCAUAUAGACAAUGUUGAAGAUCUUUGUCAUUGGCUUUCAUGUAAUAUCUUCCAUGAAUCACAAACCCAAGAUGAACGUAAUCGAGAAUUUGAAAUUUCGCUCAUACGUUUCUGUGGAGAAACUUCAAGCAAUGAUUGUUGUCUACCGAAUUCAACAGUACCGUGCGAGUUUCCAGUUUUUGCUUCAGCAAGGCGGCGAAGAAAACGACGAUUUGAUGCAACGAGGGCGAUUCUAAAACCAGCAAAACAUGCGAAAAUACAAAACCCUGAAGACCACGAUAAGGAAGAUUUACGACCUCUACAUUGUUCCAGAACGCAGACUUUGCUUCCAUUAGCUUCCCUUGAUAACCUUCGAUCUCGAAACAUAAUAUAG